AUGACGACCUACGCCGCGUACGGCGCGGAGAUUGCCCUUAAACGCGCGCUUGAGUGCGACGUCGUCGUCGUCGCCGUGCCCGGAACGUGUGGAAACGUCGGUCAACUCGCGUGCGACGUCUUGGCGGCGACGUACAACCUCGCGCGCGUCGGCGCCGUCGAUUUUGAGCACCUCCCCCCGGUGUGCGGGCGCGACGCGCUGUACGACGAUCUCAGUCGAGGAUCGAGCGCAAGUGGGAUGCUGGCGAGCGCGUGCGAGAUAUACUGCGGGACGAUCCCGGAUGAGGACGUGACUUCGACCUCUGGACGCGAGCGAUCGGCGUGCGUGGUGCAAAUACGAAGCGACGCGCACGUCGGCGCGCGGCGAGCGUUCUGCGACGAGCUCGCGAAGUUCGUCGCGGGCUCGUUCACCAAGGCGACGAGAAUUGUGAUGUGCUCAAGUCUACCAUCAACAGUCGCGGAGUCGGCGGAGCAAAUAGGUGGGACAAAGUGGAGACGAUGUCGAGGCAACGACGCGUUCAACACGGCGUGCGACGCAAUCGAACUUGUCGAUCUAGAGAUGAACGUUCGACCGAGCGAAGAGGAGAUGUCUACGUCGGUGAAUCCACACUGGGCGCUCAUGGACGCGCUCGACGCGGUGGACGGCGAAAAGCGCGUCGGUUGCGUGCUCGCCAUUUGCAGCGAGGGCGAGAACACCGUGGACGGAUGCGGGAUGGCGCACGCAGUGGCGAAGGUGUGCGGAAUCAAAGUUUCCCGGCCUACGGAGGAAGAUGUCAAGCGUGCAAGAUCGAGCGGCUCCGCUUACGACUCAUACAUGGGGCCAUGGCGAGUGCCUCGAUCAUGGAAUAGGCUCGAUAAGCACAGGCACGAUGUGUACGGGUGA